AUGCGGCUUACGGACCCCAUAACACGGAUAUCGAAAACAUCUAUGAUAUAUUUGAAGAAGUUGCAAAAUCAUCUCCAAACAACGAAAAGCGCUCAUCACUUACAUAUGUUUUCCGGCAUGGCUGCAUAUCUCGUGGCGGCGCUUGCGACAGUAGGCCCAAUGACUGCUGCUACAAUAGUUCGUGUCGCUGCAAUCUCUGGGGCAGCAAUUGUCGUUGUCAACGCAUGGGACUUUUCCACAAGUGGGGCUAAGAGCCAAUACAUAUAAUAAAGAUUUCAAACUACUGACAACUAAUAUUCGGUCAACAUUAAAAUCUUUAAACUAAUUUAUAGUAUUUACUAAUGCAAAGAUUUCUACUAUUAUACAGAACUGUAUAUAAGAAAAAUGGUUUACUGCACAAAAGAAAAUACUUAAGUGGUAAUAUGGAAAAGCUUAUAAACAUCAACCCAUGUAAAAAAGUACGUUGCAGAAUGUUGUGCGACAAAACAACUUUUUAGCUCUAGUAAAUAUGACCAUAUAUUAAAUUGGUAUGUAAA